AUGACGGUUACUUUCGCGGUGGUUCCGGAUUCCGCGCUGUCUUGCGCGUUCUACGCGGUCCCCUGUCUCCUCCUCUAUCUCUCGCUCAACUAUUUCUAUAACUCUCUCCAUGUCUUUCCGGGGCCCUUCUGGGCGCACUUCACGGAUCUGUGGCGCUAUCUCGAUGUAAAAGGGCGACGUCCGGAACGGACCCACAUCGAAUUGCAUCGCCAGUACGGGGACAUCGUGCGUCUGGGGCCCCGCACGUUAUCAUUUGCGGAUCCGAAAGCCAUCAAAGUCAUCUAUGGCUUGAAUAAGGGAUUCACUAAGUCCGAAUUCUACCCCGUCCAAAUGACAGUCUCCAAAGGCGAACCACUCCCAUCCCUCUUCUCAACGCUGGACGAAUCCUUCCACGCCAACCUCCGCCGCUCCGUAAACCACGCCUUCUCCAUGAGCUCGCUAGUCCAGUACGAGCCCCUCGUAGACGAAACCACGGAGAUCUUCCUCGACCAGACCAGCCGCGUCUUCGCCAACGGCACCACAGUCUGCGACUUCGCGCGCUGGCUGCAGUUCUUCGCCUUCGACGUCAUCGGCAGCAUAACAUACAGCAAGCGGCACGGCUUCGUCGAAAACAACCACGACGUCGACGGCAUCGUGCAGUCCCUCGCCAGGAUCUUCGACUACUCCGCCCCCGUCGGCCAAAUGCCCUGGCUCGACAAGCUCCUCUGGAAGAACCCCAUCUUCGACCUCCUCCAGAAACUCAACCUCGCGGAUAACUCCCACCCCGUGGCCGUUUUCGCCAAGCAGCGCAUGCAAGAGCGUCUCGCCGCCAAAUCCACCCCGGCGGGCGCGGGCUCCUCCCCCAAAGACGACCUCCUCACAAUGUUCCUCAAAGCAGGCGAAGCCCGUCCAGACUUCAUGACCAACAAGCGCAUCCUCACAAUGGCCGUGUCUAUGGCCUUUGCCGGCUCCGAAACAACAGCCAUCAGCAUCGCCGCCGUCUUCUACUACCUCUUAAAAGCACCAUCCUGCAUGGCUCGCCUGCGCCAAGAACUCGACGACGCAGUCACCGCCGGCACAAUUGCCAACCGCCCAACAGGCCUCGUCUCGUGGUCUGAAUCCCGCAAACUACCCUACCUCGACGCCUGCAUCAAGGAAGCCUUCCGGCUACAUCCUGCAGCGGGUCUACCCCUCGAGCGCGUCGUCCCCGCCGCCGGGGUCGAAAUCUCAGGGCGGUUCAUCCCUGGAGGCACGAUCGUGGGCUGUAGUCCCUGGGUGAUCCACCGGAGAGAGGACAUCUUCGGCCCUGAUACGGAGAGCUUUGUUCCGGAGCGGUGGUUGGAAGCUGAGCCGGAGAAGCUGAAGGCGAUGGAGGGGAAGAUGCUGCAGUUUGGGGCGGGGUCAAGGACUUGUAUUGGGAAGAAUAUUUCUCUGAUGGAGAUUUAUAAGAUUGUGCCGAGUUUCUUGAGACGGUUUGACGUGAAACUCGCCCACCCAGACCAGGAAUGGAAACUCUGGAACGCGUGGUUCGUGCGACAAUAUAACUUUAAGACGUGUUUUACGCCGAGGGAGAUCAUGGUACGGGUGACGGGCAGUACUCUGUAA